AGCUGCAGAGGCGCCGCUGCUCACACUCGCCUCGCGCUGCUCCUGCUCACACUCACUGCCCCCCUCCCCGGUCAGUCAGGCGGCGGAGCCGCGAGCCCCGGGAUGUCGGUUGUCGGCUUUGAUGUGGGUUUUCAGCAAUGCUACGUGGCUGUAGCGAGAGGCGGCGGCAUCGAGACUGUGGCCAACGAGUACAGCGACAGGAGCACCUUAUCUUGCGUGUCCUUGGGACCCAGGAACCGUUCAAUUGGAGCUGCAGCCAAAAGUCAGAUUGUGUCUAAUGUGAAGAACACGUUACAAGGAUUUAAACGGUUUCAUGGCCGGGCUUUUACAGACCCCGUUGUUCAGUUAGAAAAAAACAACCUUCCAUAUGAGCUCAUCCAGAUGCCCAAUGGUACAACUGGUGUCAAGGUUUCGUACAUGGAAGAAGAGCGGUGCUUCAGCGUGGAGCAGGUAUCUGCAAUGCUGUUGACUAAACUGAAAGAAACCGCUGAGAGUGCACUGAAGAAGCCGGUGGUGGAUUGUGUAAUCUCAGUUCCAUGUUUCUUCACGGAUGCUGAGAGGAGAUCUGUAAUCAGUGCCGCACAGAUUGCAGGUCUCAACUGUUUGCGGCUGAUUAAUGAAACCACUUCAGUCGCUCUGGCUUAUGGAAUAUACAAACAAGAUCUACCAGCCCCUGAGGAGAAACCAAGGGCAGUUGUUUUUGUUGAUAUGGGACACUCUGCAUUUCAGGUUUCUGUCUGCGCGUUCAAUAAGGGGAAGUUAAAGGUCCUUGCAACUGCUUUUGACCCUUACUUGGGUGGACGGAACUUUGAUGAAGUGAUAGUAAAUCACUUCUGUGAGGAAUUCAGCAAAAAGUACAAACUAGACGUGAAGUCAAAGAUGCGAGCUUUAGUGCGACUUUUCCAGGAAUGUGAGAAGCUAAAGAAACUAAUGAGCGCCAAUGCCUCCGAUCUCCCAAUUAAUAUUGAAUGCUUCAUGAAUGAUAUUGAUGUAUCUGGAAAAAUGAACAGGGGACAGUUUGACGAGAUGUGUGCUAGCCUGUUGGCCAGAGUGGAGCAGCCUCUUCGAAGUAUCCUGGAACAAGCCAAGCUAAAGCGAGAAGACAUUUAUGCUGUUGAAAUUGUGGGUGGAGCGACUCGUAGCCCUGCCAUUAAAGAAAGGAUUGCCAAGUUCUUUGGGAAAGAUCUCAGUACAACUUUAAAUGCAGAUGAGGCUGUUGCCCGUGGUUGUGCGUUGCAGUGUGCUAUUUUGUCACCUGCAUUCAAAGUGAGGGAAUUUUCAAUCACAGACUUGGUUCCAUUUGCACUCUCUCUGAAGUGGAAUUCUCCAGCUGAGGAAGGGCUUGGUGAUUGUGAAGUGUUCCCGAAGAAUCAUGCAGCACCAUUCUCCAAAGUCCUCACUUUCUACAGAAAGGAAGCCUUUGAUCUUGAAGCAUUUUACAACUGUCCCAAAGAGAUGCCGUUUCCAGACUCCUAUAUUGGUCGUUUUACGGUUCACAAAGUGGUUCCUCAGGCUGAUGGGUUGAGUUCCAAGGUGAAAGUGAAGGUGCGGGUUAACAUUCACGGCAUCUUCAAUGUAUCCAGUGCUUCGUUGGUAGAAGUGCAAAAGUCCGAAGAGGCGGACGACACUCCUAUGGAAACCGAUCUGCAGUCGCAGGCUAAAGAAGAGGAGAAUAAGAUGCAGGUCGACCAGCAAGAGGAACCCGCUCACGGGGAUGGCCUCCAACCCCCGGGAUCAGCCGAGGGACAAAAGACUGACCUUGACGAGAUGGAGAUCACUCCAGUGACUUCAAAGGAGGAUAAAAACAAAGACCAGCCACAGGCCAAGAAGGCGAAGGUCAAAACCAAGACUGUGGACCUACCCAUUGACAGCAAAUUACACUCACAAUUAAGUCAGCAAAUGCUGAAUGCAUUCACUGAAAAUGAGGGUAAAAUGAUCAUGCAAGAUAAGCUUGAGAAGGAGAGGAAUGAUGCCAAGAAUGCAGUGGAAGAAUAUGUAUAUGAAAGUCGAGAGAAACUGUGUGGAAAAUAUGAACAAUUUGUCAGUGAAGAUGAACAAAGCAAGUUAUCCCGUCUGCUGGAAGAUACAGAAAACUGGUUAUAUGAAGAUGGCGAAGACCAGCCAAAACAAGUGUAUAUUGAUAAAUUGAAUGAAUUAAAGAACCUUGGUCAACCAAUUCAAGAACGUUAUCAAGAAUUUGAGGAACGUCCAAAGGCCUUUGACGAGCUGGGGAGACAGAUCCAACAGUACAUGAAGAUAAUAAAUGCAUUCAAGGAUAAAAAUGAACAGUAUGAUCACCUGGACUCUGCUGAGAUGGAAAAGGCAGAGAAGCAAGUGCAUGAAGCAAUGGAAUGGAUGAACACUAAGAUGAAUCUGCAAAGUAAACAGCCUCUAGCACAAGCCCCACUUGUACAAUCUGCAGAAAUCCAAUCUAAGACUAAGGAGUUGAUCAACCUUUGUAACCCCAUCAUUACGAAGCAAAAGCCAAAAGUAGAGCCCCCAAAAGAGGAAGAGAAGACGGCUGAGCAGAACGGACCAGUGAACGGGCAGCCGGGAGCUGACCCUGAGGGCUCUCCACCUGCUGGCACAGAAAGCAAAGAGCAGAAGCAACAAACUCUCCCAGAGAUGGACAUUGACUAAGAGUACAGUGCUCAGCAAACAGAAAGGUCAAAUUUAAUGUCAUGGACUUUGCAGUGCAGCCUUUUCCCCUUUUAUGGUGAAUGCAGUUUAACCUGAACCAAAAGUAUUCUUGACCCUCUCCGAUAUGUCUAGGCAGGUUUUUUUUUCCCACUUUCCCAAACUGCAAUAGAAGGAGAAAAUACAAUCUGGGCUUUGGUCAGGCUUUUGCUUGUGGCUUUAGGUAUCGCUAGCAAGAGGAUGAUUUUUUUUAAUACCUAUUCCUAACUAAACUGACUGGAAAGAGGUGGCUGUUGCAGAAGAUGCAGGCAAGGACUUCCUUAGGAAGGUUUCUGCUGUUAUUGAGAAUUUGAGAUAACUCGCUGGCUUUUCACUUGAUGGCUCAUAUUACAUUUGAGUGCUGUGUUCUCAUUAUGUUAGCCUGCAUUGAUUGUUCUCAAUAGCUAUUAGAAACCUAAAGCUACAAUACCUACAGCUUUUUAGACUAACCCAAUCUUGAAGGAUUACAAUAAGCAGUAUUUUUUUCUAAAAGAUACUAUAAAAAUCAUUUUCAACUUUCGUUAUUGUAUUUCGUAAAAGCCAGGGUUAUCGGAAUCAAAGUUAAAGUUUGGGCCCAAUGGGUAUGAGAUGUGUUUAAAUAUUCUAACAGUUCUGGGGGAAAAAAAUUCUAAAUCUUGUGUUCUGGCACCAGAAAAAGAGAGAUGCUGUUUGUCCAUAUAUUUGACACAAUAAAAUAUGUUAAUUUACUUGCAA